AUGAACAAGAUAUCGAAAUCGGCUCCUCUGACUGCCACCGAGAAAGCUGCCCAACUUUCGGAGGCACUAACGAGGAUGCACGACAGCACCAGCUUCAUAGAGCAAAGCAACCUCAGAUUGCUAUUGGGGAUCGACGAAGCCAGCGGAUUACUCCAGAGUGCAGGCUCUUCCUCGUAUUCAUCGUUUUUUAGCAUUUUUCGUAGUGCUCUUAGGAUGAUACCAUCCCAAUCAAGCAAAUUCUUUGCAGUCCUCGCAGAUACCAACUCUCGCGUUUCAAAUUUCCACCACCAUCCACUCCAUGAUCCUAUUCAAGAGAAUGGCGAGGAAAUGCCGAAAGAUCUUCGUCUUUUCAAACCCAUAUAA